AUGGGUACCUGCGGGUACUUAAUUAUACCACGGCAUAAAGAAGAAAGCACUCCUUCUAGCUCAGAAGUUACAUCCUCUAAGAAUCAACGGAAGAUAGGCGAAAAAUUAGUGGUUUUAUUUUCAAAGGAAAUUGGUCAAGGUAUUGACGGGACUGUUGUCUAUGAGGGGACUUAUGAUGGUAGACCAGUCGCUGUGAAACGCAUUCUCCAAAGUCAUGCUACGUUGAUUGCCCCAGAAAUCAAGAAUCUUGUAGCAUCUGAUCAUGGCCCGAAUAUUGUAAGAUAUCAUGGAAACGAAAAUGACAGAAAUUUUAUUUAUCUAGCUCUGGAGCGCUGUGAUUGCAAUUUAUAUGACCUCAUCCGACUGUAUUCUACGUAUUCCAAUCAAAAUGAGUCCAUUUCAAUAUACUUGGAGAAACUGAAGAAUGUUUUAAGAGAUGUUAAGCUUUGGGAAGGAAAUAUAGACCGUCCAUCACCUUUAUUACUGAAAUUGAUGAGUGACAUUGUUUCUGGGCUUUUUGCUCUGCACAAAUUGAAUAUAGUUCACCGAGACUUAAAGCCACAAAACAUUUUAAUAAUUAAGGAAAGCUCAACUUUAUGUGCAAAGCUUUCUGAUAUGGGCAUCAGCAAACACCUUUCUGGUUUUGAAAAUCACUAUAUGGCUGGCUGCUUACCUUUGUUACCUGCACACGACUAA